UUAUUUGUUUCUGGCCUCCUGCCCACCUGCCUCUCGUUGGCCCGUGGGCCUCACCUGUCUGGGUAACCCCGUGACCAAUUCACACUGUCUCCUCACUCACCUGGGCUCGGUGCACCAGCCUGACCCUCGCUGAUAUUUGCCCCUCUUCCCCGUCCCUCUUCAGACCCCUCCUCUGAACUAGUUGCCAGAAUCCUCUUCCUACUCUAUAAAUUGUAAUUCCUGCCUGAGGAGUGCUCAUACUGAGCACGCUGUGUAUUUUUCGUAGCAGACGUGAGCCAGUUUCCACGUCAAGGCUUUCCCUCUUGGUCUCCUCAGCCCGGAUGCUCACUUUAUCCCCGAACCCUUUGAGGGAAGUAGAGGGAGGGUUCACUCAGUUCCCCUGCCUUGGCCAAGGUGCGCUGCUGAGGGAUUUGCACUUAGGCUUUCCUGUGAGUCAUCAUGGGCCCUCGCGUACCUCACCUCUCGCCACUUGGUGUCCCCAUAGCAGCCUGUGCCUCAGCGAGGUCCUUGAGGGGACAAGGAGUGACUUGCUUUCUAACCUCUUAGAGAGCUAGCAAAUGCCAGCUAGAGGUAGGCCUGAAUGGAUGCCAGCAGGCCCCUGGGUAGUUAUGGUUCAAAAAACAAUGCUGGACCACCUAGGUUACAAGUGGGAACAGAAAGGCCUCUAGAAGGCUUUAGACCUUUGUCUCCUUUUCUUUUGGUUGGUGGGAGGGGGCGAGGUAGGAGGUGGGUCAAGGAGGGAGGAUGCUUUGAACCGAACAACUGAGUCUGUCUGACUUGUUCUGUGGGAGAGUGUGGGCUCCAGUUGCUUGUAGUUCUUUCCUGUCCCCUCCUUAUAUCAGAGGUGGCAGAGGAAGGCGCAUCACUCCAUGGGAAUGACCCUGUCAGCAUCAGGGCCCAGGGGCAGGCAGACUGCCCUAUUUGCUUCAGAACUUCUCUCCCCAACUUGGCUGGUUUCACCAUCUCAAGACCCUUUUAUGCUUGAGCAGGCACUGGAAUCUAAGCUUUCAGGAGACCAGGGAAGCAAAAGGCAAUCGAUUAAAACUGAUGAUAAAAGGUAGGACUACCAAGAGGACCACAUCACUUAGGGCAACUGGGGUGAAUCUUAUCCACCACUGGAUCCUCAGGGUCUGGCACGUGACACUCGAUAUGCAUUUGUGGAAAGAAGAUAGGAGGGAAGGAAGAGAGGUUAUUAGAAGAAAGGUCAAAGAGAGAAAACAGAGAACAUUUGAUGGGUACUACAUUUGUCUAAGAAAGUAGAACUGAACUUCUUUAUUUAGGACCCCCUCUCCUUUGAAAAAUGUUGUAAACUCUAAAUUUUUAAAGGCUUCUCAUGAUCUGGGCCUGCAUCUGUCUUGCCAGGCUCACUCUUCACCCUCUUAAAACUUUGGUAGUAUAUUUCAAUGAAAAAGCAGAUAAAGCAAAACAAAACUAGUUUUAAAAAAGUUAUAAAAGUAAUUCAUUUAUAUGGGAAAAAUUCAAACAGUUUCAAAGUACAUGAAGUGAGAAAUUAGUGGUUUUUUCCUAGAAGUAACCACAUAUAUCUCCUUGCCUCAAGUAUGGUUCCAGCCGCUGGGUUUGAGAGAUGAAGUACCAGGUCUUUUUGUUUUGUUGGUUUUAUUCAUUCUGUAUCUACUGGUGACAAAAGUACAGCUAUUCUUACAUAGUCUUUGCAAAGUUGUUUCUACCUAUGUGCGUGUGUGUGUGUGUGUGAGUGUGUAUAUUCAUUCCUUUUAAUUGCUAUGUAAUUGACUAUUGGAAAGAUGUGAUAUCAUUUAUGUAACCAGUUUUUCAUCAAUGUUUAGAUAGAUUUCAGUUUUUGCCCUACAAGCAAUGCUGGCAGACCAUCGUUGGAGCUUUUCCUCUGAGGUGGGAAGCCACUGGAAAGUUUGGAGUAUAGAGACUAUGAUCUCACAGUUUAACAGCAUCACUGUGCUGCUGUAUCAGAUUUACCCUCUAUCCCCAGUGUCUUCACCAGCACUGGAUAUUAAAUUUUUUAGUCCUUUUUAAUUGAUAAGCCAAAAAAAACCCCCUCACUAUUGCUUCAAUUGACAUUCCUUUGUAAAAUCAGAUUUGACAGGGUGAGUUUUACUCAAUGGGCUGUUUCACACUCACUUAGAGAGGAGUUGUUAAUUGUUCUGGUACUGUGUGGAUUCCUGCAUGGCCACACUGAAGCCCUCUGAUAGAGCCUGUCUGAUCUCUCCUCUAGACCCCAGGCCCUUCGGGAUGGGUACCUGACUGUGAAGCCAAAACCCUGUCUCUGAACUACUUACCAACAUGAAGUGUCACCCCCUGCAAUUCCCUGCUUCAGUUGACAGUUUGGGUGACCUUAAAGGGACCCAGAGCAGACUUCCCUCCGUCACCUGAACUCUAGGAGGAACCAGAGCCUUGGUACCAGCAGAGGCCUCUUGUGCCCAUUCGCCUCCUUGGAGAGUCCAGAUGAAUUUGGGUUUGUGGUUACCCUCUGGCUGGGCUUCAUGGAGAAAUCUUCUCUGAUUUCUAAUCUAAAUCCCAGAGCAGCCCCCGUCUUUCAGUGGACAGAAUGAGAGGCCUUCUGUAACCAGGCAUAACUGGCCAUCAUGGGGAAAUUGAUCAGGAUGGGAGUGCAGGAGAGGCGGUUACUCUGGCCAAAGCGGCUUCAUUGGAGGCGCCUCCUCUUCCUAUUGGGAAUGCUGAUCAUGGGUUCCACCUACCAGUACCUGAGGAGCCCCCGGGGGCUCCCUUCACUGUGGGCAGCAGUCUCUUCCCAACACCCUGUAAAACUAGCCAGCCGGGACCUUUCCAACAAUGAGAUGAUGAUGGUGAGCAGUGACCCUCCAAAAUCUAGCCCUGAGAUGGAGGUUGAGACAUGGGCACCCCAAGCCACAGUAGGCAGAGAUGGAACAACACCUGGUGUAACAAUGGAGAACACCCCCAGUAUACCUAGAAGAAUAGCCAACGUCAUUCCAGCAACACCCAAGAGCAGCGACAGCCCAGCAGCAGCCCGCACAGAAAAAGUGAAGGAAGACACCCCAGCCACACCCAGUGGAGCACUGAAUCACUACCCUCCAACUUCAGGCAGACCAGUGGUAAAUAAUUAUACCCCAGCAACACGCAGGGGAGAAGUGAAGAGCUACCGCCCAACUCAAGCCAGGGGAAAGGUGAGGAAAUACACCCCAUCCCCACUUGGUAGGAUGGUGAACAGUUACGCCCCAUCCACAUUCAUGACAAUGACCAGGAGCCAUGGGAUCACCCCCAGAGCAACAGUGAAAGACAGUGAAAUUAUGACAACCAACAAAAUACUGGAGACCAACCCUUCCAAGAGAGUAUUGGGGGAAACCACCCCAACUCCUCUCAAGGGAGUAACUGAUAACGCCCUACCCUUCCUGAUAAAUGACUUAGAAACCGACAUCUUGACUUCUGCAGGGAAUGUGGCAGAAGGGAAGACCCUAACUACCACCAGAAGAGUGGACAAUAAUAGCUCAACCAACCACCGGGGGUUAGUGGGAAAAAACAGCCUGACAACACCCCAAGGAACAGUCCUGGAGCACACCGCAGCCACCUCUGAGGGGCAGGUGGCAGUAAGCAUCACGACAGAAACCAAAGCCUCUACUGCUGCAUGGAAGGCUAGGAAUCCCUCGUCCAGAACCAGUGCACCGACCGUUGGAAUAUCCUCAGCCACCUUCUGGGGGCUGGUGAAGAACCCUUCACCAGCACCCACCACUCCAGCAACUCCCAGGGUCAGGGCAAGUCCGACCACUCAGGUCCAUCACUGUGUGGUUGUGGAGCCAGUCCCAGUCUCGUCCACUGACCCCUCCCCCAGUCUGACAACAGCUGGGAUGCCAGAGACUCCCAGUCCCUCAGUACUGCCUUCUGGGCAGCCAGACCUCCACCCCAAGGCAGAGUACCCCCGAGACCUGUUCAGUGUGAAGGAGCGGAGGCAGGGCUGGGUGGUCCUGCACAUCUUUGGCAUGCUGUAUGUGUUUGUAGCCUUGGCCAUCGUUUGUGACGAGUACUUUGUCCCAGCGCUGGGUGUCAUCACAGACAAGCUGCAGAUCUCUGAGGAUGUGGCAGGUGCUACCUUCAUGGCUGCUGGAGGCUCUGCCCCCGAGCUCUUCACCUCCCUCAUCGGCAUCUUCAUCUCCCAUAGCAAUGUGGGCAUCGGCACCAUAGUGGGCUCUGCGGUGUUCAACAUCCUCUUUGUCAUUGGCACUUGUGCCCUCUUCUCCCGGGAGAUCCUCAACCUCACCUGGUGGCCCUUGUUCCGUGACAUCACCUUCUACAUCCUUGACCUAAUGAUGCUCAUCCUCUUCUUCCUGGAUAGCCUCAUUGUCUGGUGGGAGAGCCUGCUGCUUCUGCUGGCCUAUGCCCUCUAUGUGUUCACCAUGAAGUGGAACAAACAGCUUGAGCUCUGGGUGAAGAAGCAGCUCAGCAGGAGGCCAGUGCCCAAGGUCAUGGCCCUAGGGGACCUUAGCAAGCUCGCGUCCAUGCUGACCCAAGGGAGCAGCUUGGCCUCUCUGCACAACAGCACCAUCCGCAGCACCAUCUACCAGCUCAUUUUCCGCAGCCUGGACACUCUGGGGGAAGCCCGGCCCUCCAAGGACAAGGAGGAGGAGAGCUUGAAUCAGGAGGCCAAAGCCAAGCCUCAGGCCAAAGCAGAGAGCAAACCAGAAGAGGAGGAGCCAGCCAAGCUCCCUGAGGUCACGGUCACACCAGCCCCUGCUCCAGACGUCAAGGGAGAUCAGGAGGAAGAUCCUGGCAGUCAGGGAGAUGUGGCUGAAGCUGAGAGCACAGGUGAAAGGACAGAUAAUGAGGUUAAAACUCCUGGUGAAGGUGAAAAUGGAGAGCAAAGUGGAGGUGAAGCUCAACCAGAAGGUGAAGGUGAAGAAAAAGGAGAGAAUGAAAGUGAAGGUGACAUCCAGGCAGAAAGGAAAGGAGAGAAUGAAAGUGAAGGUGACAUCCAGGCAGAAAGGAAAGGAGAUGAUGAAGGUGAAGGUGAAAUCCAAGCAGGAGAAGAUGGUGAAAUGAAAGGUGAUGAAGGUGACCUCCAGGCAGAAAGGAAAGGAGAUGAUGAAGGUGAAAUCCAAGCAGGAGAAGAUAGUGAAAUGAAAGGUGAUGAAGGUGACCUCCAGGCAGAAAGGAAAGGAGAUGAUGAAGGUGAAGGUGAAAUCCAAGCAGGAGAAGAUGGUGAAAUGAAAGGUGAUGAAGGUGAAACUGGAGAGCAGGAAUUGAACGCUGAAAAUCAAGAUGAAGCCAAAGAAGAUGAGAAAGGUAUAGAUGGUGAAGAGGAAGGUGAUGGAGGUGAGAGUGAAGACGAAGAGGAGGAGGAGGAGGAGGGAGAGGAGGAGGAGGAGCAGGAGGAGCAGGAGGAGCAGGAGGAGGAGCCUUUGUCCCUGGAAUGGCCUGAGACCAGGCAGAAGCAAGCCAUUUACCUCUUUCUUCUGCCCAUUGUGUUCCCACUGUGGCUGACGGUGCCCGACGUCCGGAGACUGGAGGCUAGGAAAUUUUUUGUUAUCACCUUCCUGGGAUCCAUCAUGUGGAUAGCCAUGUUCUCAUACCUCAUGGUGUGGUGGGCUCACCAGGUUGGUGAAACAAUAGGGAUUUCUGAAGAGAUUAUGGGCUUGACAAUCCUAGCAGCAGGCACAUCAAUUCCUGACCUCAUCACCAGUGUGAUUGUCGCUCGGAAAGGCCUGGGAGACAUGGCCGUGUCAAGCUCUGUGGGCAGUAACAUAUUUGAUAUCACCGUGGGCCUGCCCCUUCCUUGGAUGCUUUUCUCUUUUAUCAAUGGAUUACAGCCUGUUCCUGUCAGUAGCAAUGGCUUGUUUUGUGCCAUUGUUUUGCUUUUUCUCAUGCUCCUGUUUGUGAUCUCUUCAAUUGCAUUAUGCAAAUGGAGAAUGAACAAGAUCCUGGGCUUUACCAUGUUCCUCCUGUACUUUGUAUUCCUGAUAAUCAGUGUGAUGUUAGAAGAUCGAAUCAUAUCCUGUCCUGUGUCUGUCUAAGUCAGUCACUGUUGCUCAAAAUGGACACGGAUCAGAAAACCAUGCCAGAAGUUACUGUACCACUUGUUACAUUAAAGAAUGAACAAGAUCCAGGAGAGUGAACUGAGUGGGCAGGAGCCUCUGAUGUGGAUGUGAUCGGGACUGAAGUUUAUCCUUGGAAAACACCUGCAGCUCAUUGUGGAUUAGGACUCUUUGGAGGGGUGGAGCUCCUACCACCCCUGAUGCAGACAGCUAACACAUGGAGGCCAGCAGAAGGACCCAAGUCAGAGGAUUUUCUAAAAUGAGAUAUUUGGGAGUGAGGGUUGGGACAGGUACCUUAGCAAUCAGAUAAGCUCCCAUGUUCACAGUUCCCUGAUUAUUCCUGAAGGGCUGCUGAUGCAAAAGAUGCAGGUGUGGUCUCCAUCUCACCCUCCUGGCCCCUGCCCCCAGCACAUGCUGCAGUUUACUGUCUCCUCUUUUUCUGUUCAAAACAUGUGGUUCUAUCAGAUUUGUAUUCAUUACAGGUUCAGUUACUGGUGAGUUUAAAGGAGCAAAGUCUAUAGGAAAAAAAGUAUAACAAGAAUCAAUUAUCAUUACACACUGUAGUCCAGUAAAAUGUGUACCAAUAUUUUAUAGCUUAAAAAGGAGGACUACAUAUGCUCUCGUUGUAUUUCUGAAAAGUCAAAUUAAAAUAAGCAGCUCAAGAAAUUAUAAUUUGCCCUUCAAUUGGAAGAUGUGGGUAUUAGGGAAGGAGAACUACUCUGAGGGCUAUUUAAAAACAUGUAUUUAUUAGGAAAUCCAAGUUAGUGUUGUCUCCAUCAGGUGGGUCACCUUGAGGGAUUAGACAUUCUAACAAAGCUGUCCUGGCUCUGUGCCCCUCCCCUCUCAUAUUCUCACCCAACAGUGACAGCUGCACUAGUGAGUGAGAAACAAAGUAAUUUUUAAAAAGAGUCUAAAGUCAGGAGAGCCAAAUCUGGUUUACAAAGUAAAAGAUCCAGUGGGGCAAUGCUAUUUUUGUAUGUCAUCCUCGAUAGGAUUAUAAAACAAGAAGAUUGAUUUCUUGUGUAGCUUACAAGUGGAUAUUAAGGCGAUUACAAAGGAGAAAUUCCAAAAAUGCUCAAACAAUGACAAGAUGGUAAGGAAAAGAGUAUUACUACUUCCACGGUAGCUGAUGUAAAGGACACCUGUGUGUUUUUAAAAAAAUUAUUUAAUUAAUUUAAUUUUGGCUGCGUUAGGUCUUCGUUGCUGCAUGCGGGCUUGCUCUAGUUGUGGUGAGU